GACGCACCUUAACGUAUACUCGUGGAGUGAGCAGCGACUUCUGCAGCGCAUAGACCUGGGUUUGGAGGGCGUGAUGCCCCUGGAAGUGCGGUUCCUGCACGACCCGCUCUCCACGCAGGGCUUCGUCGGCUGCGCCCUCUACGCCAACGUCUUCAGGUUUUACCGCAAGGACGACGGGACGUGGGCAGCGCACAAGGUGAUCAGCAUCCCCCCUAAGAAAGUGGAAGGCUGGGCAUUGCCUGAAAUGCCAGGUGUGAUGACAGACAUCCUCAUCUCCCUGGACGACCGCUUCCUGUACUUCAGCAACUGGGCCCACGGGGACGUCCGCCAGUACGACAUCACGGACCCCGAACACCCCAAACUCGUGGGCCAGAUCUUCCUCGGGGGCUCCAUAGUCAAAGGGGGUCCCGUCAAGGUGGUGCACGACGUCGAGCUCAAGGAACAGCCCGACCCCGUGUACAUCCAGGGCCGUAAGCUGGAAGGAAGCCCACAGAUGCUCCAGCUUUCCUUGGAUGGGAAGCGUCUGUACGUGACAGACUCCCUCUUCUCUCCCUGGGAUCGGCAGUUCUACCCAGAGACCGUGGCGAAGGGCUCAGUCAUGCUGCAGAUGGACGUGGACACCGUCAACGGGGGACUGACCCUCAACAAAGACUUCCUGGUGGACUUUGGGAAGGAACCGGAAGGCCCUUCUCUCGCCCACGAGAUCAGGUACCCCGGAGGCGACUGCACCUCGGACAUCUGGCUGCCCGCUGGUUCCUCCGAGUGCCCUCAUCGCGCAUCUGGCAAGUGCGCAGAAGCCAAAAUGCCCGCGAAGAUUUAACUUCCCAGCUUCUCGUCCCGCCCGGAUUUUAAUAUGAAUACUGCACAAUGUGUAGUCUGGUAUAUGUAAACAACUGGUGCUGUGGUUAUGGUUUUGGGUGUGCUUUAUAAUAUAUAUCCUGUAAAUGCUUUGAUUCUUAUUUAACCGAUUUCCCUCCCUUGUGCAUCUCUACAUUUCCACAUAACUGGAGUAUAUCUGUAUUUACAAACACACACACACACACACACGCACACACGGAAUUCGUCAUAGUUGACAGUUCCGGCAAUACCAAGGAAUUGAUUGGAAAUGGAAUUAUCUAAUAAAGUGAAGCAUAAAAGAGGAAAAUCAUGAAGGUUAAAGUGCAAGAAAAUAACAGGAACAAAGAAGGGAAGGACAAGAAAACACACGAAUAUGCCAAAGACUUUUUCGCUAAAGCUUCGUCAGGGCAUGAUAAACAAUACCCUGACGAAGCAUUAGCGAAAAGGCCUUCGGCAUAUUCGUGUUUUCUUUUCCUUCCCUUCGUUGUUCCUGUUGCAAUCUGUUCAUCAUGAAUUCCACACAAGAAGAUAACAGAAAGAUACUGGUAGAAUGGUGGUACGUGCCUGGAUCCAGUCUCACGCUUGUUUUUUGUUAUGGUUAUAGUAAUGAUUAUUGAUUUAUGAUUAGUAGGAAAAGAGAGGGUGUAGUUAACCAUAGAUAUGAUUCACAUAAGCUGUGGAUAGCAUUCCUUCUUUUCAUUCUUGUAAUGUGUGUUACUAAUAUUUACAUUGUGAUAUGCCGCUUGUUUGUUAUUUGUUCAUAGAAUAAAAAGUUUGUGGUUAA